GUGCUAGUUUAUUAAACAUUUCCUACAAACUUCCAAAUCCCUUUACACUCCCUCUGUCUCUCUAAUUAUAAGAUCCUACAAAUAUUUAGAUAUAUUUAAUACUACUAAAUAUAUUACUUCAACAAUUUCAGUUUCUCAAAGCCUUUUCAUGUCAUGUUUCCAACAUUUUCACUUUGGUUAUCUUUUCUCAUUGCUUUCAACUUCUUCCAAAACACAUUUACUUCUACAUUAGGAACUGAGACCGAUAACUUGGCGUUGCUCAAGUUCAAAGAAUCAAUAUCUAAUGAUCCAUAUGGAAUCUUGGCCUCUUGGAAUAGUUCAACUCACUUCUGCAAGUGGUAUGGAAUCACAUGCAGUCCCAUGCAUCAAAGAGUUGCCGAGUUAAACUUGGAAGGAUAUCAGCUGCAUGGAUUGAUAUCUCCCCAUGUUGGCAAUCUCUCUUUUUUGAGAAACCUCAACCUUGCACACAAUAGUUUCUUCGGAAAAAUCCCACAGAAACUCGGUCAGUUGUUUCGAUUGCAGGAACUCGUACUCAUUGAUAACUCCUUGACAGGGGAGAUUCCUACAAACUUGACGAGUUGCUCUAAUCUUGAAUUCUUAUACUUGACUGGAAAUCAUCUUAUUGGUAAAAUACCAAUUGGAAUAAGCUCUCUUCAAAAGCUUCAAGUGUUGGAGAUUUCAAAAAACAAUUUAACCGGAAGAAUACCAACGUUCAUAGGGAAUCUUUCAUGGCUAGCUAUUCUUUCAGUGGGUGAUAACCUCUUAGAGGGAGACAUUCCACGAGAAAUAUGCAGCCUCAAAAACUUGACAAUAAUGUCAGUGUUUCUAAACAGACUAUCUAAUACAUUACCUUCUUCUUGUCUUUAUAAUAUGUCAUCUCUUACUUUCAUUUCCGCUGCAUUCAAUAAUUUUAAUGGAUCUCUUCCACCCAAUAUGUUCAACACCCUCUCCAAUCUUCAAUAUUUAGCAAUCGGAGGAAAUCAAUUCUCAGGUACAAUCCCUAUUUCCAUUUCAAAUGCUUCUUCCCUAUUUAAUCUUGACUUAGAUCAAAACAAUUUGGUCGGACAAGUUCCAAGUCUAGGGAAGUUACAUGAUCUUCGACGGUUAAAUCUAGAGCUAAACAGUUUAGGUAACAAUUCCACUAAGGAUUUAGAGUUUUUAAAAUCCUUGACAAACUGUAGUAAACUACUAGUGUUUUCUAUAUCCUUUAAUAAUUUUGGAGGUAAUUUGCCAAAUUCCAUUGGGAAUUUAUCCACUCAACUUAGGCAACUACAUCUUGGAUGUAAUAUGAUAUCAGGAAAAAUUCCUGAAGAAUUAGGAAAUCUAAUUGGCUUAACUCUGUUGAGCAUGGAACUUAACAACUUUGAAGGAAUUAUUCCUACUACUUUUGGGAAGUUUGAGAAAAUGCAACUAUUGGUUUUGCAGGGAAAUAAGUUUUCCGGAGAGAUACCACCCAUCAUAGGCAACCUCAGUCAAUUAUAUCAUUUGAGUGUAGGAGAUAAUAUGUUAGAAGGAAAUAUUCCGUCAAGUAUAGGAAACUGCAAAAAGUUACAAUACCUGGACCUUGCACAAAACAAUCUUAGAGGAACCAUACCCUUAGAAGUUUUCAGUCUUUCUUCGUUAUCAAACUUACUGAACUUGUCAAGAAACUCAUUGAGUGGUAGCCUACCAAGAGAAGUGGGUAUGCUAAAAAGUAUCAACAAGCUAGAUGUCUCGGAGAAUCUUCUAUCUGGUGACAUUCCUAGAGCCAUUGGCGAAUGCAUACGCUUAGAAUACCUCUUUUUGCAAGGAAACUCCUUCAACGGAACCAUACCAUCCUCAUUGGCUUCAGUUAAAAGUCUUCAAUAUUUAGACCUGUCAAGAAAUCGGUUGUAUGGACCAAUUCCUAAUGUUCUACAGAAUAUAUCAGUUUUAGAACACUUGAAUGUUUCUUUCAACAUGUUGGAAGGCGAGGUACCAACAGAAGGUGUCUUUGGAAAUGUAAGCAAGUUAGCUGUGACCGGAAACAAUAAACUUUGUGGAGGUAUUUCAACGCUUCGUCUACGGCCAUGCCCUGUCAAAGGUAUUAAACCUGCAAAACACCAAAAAAUCAGGAUUAUAGCAGGGAUUGUUAGUGCGGUAUCUAUUCUUCUCACGGCGACAAUUAUUUUAACUAUCUACAAGAUGAGGAAAAGAAACAAGAAACAAUAUUCUGAUUUACUAAAUAUUGACCCACUAGCUAAAGUUUCAUACCAGGACCUUCACCAGGGAACUGACGGGUUUUCUGCUAGAAACUUAGUUGGAUCAGGAAGCUUUGGUUCUGUGUACAAAGGAAAUCUUGAAUCAGAAGAUAAAGUUGUUGCCGUGAAGGUCAUGAACCUUCAAAAGAAGGGAGCUCACAAGAGUUUCAUUGCUGAAUGUAAUGCACUAAAAAAUAUUAGACAUCGAAAUUUGGUUAAGAUUUUGACAUGUUGUUCCAGUACAGAUUACAAAGGUCAAGAAUUUAAAGCUUUAGUCUUUGAAUACAUGAACAACGGAAGCUUAGAACAAUGGCUACAUCCUAGAUCAGUGAAUGUAGAGAAUCAAAGAACGUUGGACCUUGAUCAAAGAUUGAAUAUCGCUGUUGAUAUUGCCUUUGUAUUACAUUACCUUCAUCUUGAAUGUGAGCAAUCGAUCAUUCAUUGUGAUCUAAAGCCAAGCAAUGUCCUUCUUGACGAUGACAUGGUUGCUCAUGUGAGUGAUUUUGGCAUAGCAAGACUUGUCUCAGUUAUUGACGACACCUCUCAUCGAGAAACUAGUACAAUUGGAAUUAAAGGGACUAUUGGCUAUGCUCCUCCAGAAUAUGGAAUGGGUUCUGAAGUAUCUACAUAUGGUGAUAUGUAUAGCUUCGGGAUGCUUUUGUUGGAAAUUCUUACCGGAAGGAGACCGGUAGAUGAAAUGUUUGACAAUGGUCAAAAUCUACGUAUUUUUGUUGAAAUUUCGUUGCCUAAUAAUCUUAUACAUAUUUUGGACCCAAAUCUUGUACCAAGAAAUAUAGAAGCAACAAUAGAAGAUGGAAACAGUGGAAAUUUCACUCCAAAUGUAGAGAAGUGCGUAGUUUCACUUUUUAGGAUUGGACUUGCUUGUUCAGUGGAAUCACCAAAAGAAAGAAUGAAUAUAGUGGAUGUCAUCAGAGACUUAAGCAUAAUCAAAAACGCUUAUCUCGCUGGUGUUCACACUCGUGACUAGUUCAAGGUGAAAUAGACUUUCAUGGCUACGCUUCCAACACAAAAGCCUCUGGAAACCAUUGGUGAAUUUUAUGUUUCUUUACUCUUUACUCAGCAACUUAAGCUUUUGGCUGAGUUUGGUUCGCAACAAACAGUAAUUAUGAAGUAUUUAAAUUGUAAAGCCUGUGUUUUCAUUUUUCAAUGCUGCUACAUUUUAAACUGAAAGAAAUAUAUUGUCAAACCAUGUCUUAAUCUAAAUAGAUA